AAGUGUUUUAGUUCACCAAGGCUGUUUGAAUAUGUAGUAUCAGCUUAGUUAUGGGGUAGGAACCUUUGUAAUGUUAUGUUGACUGGGGGGGAGUUAUAUAAUAAACGGACGGAGUUCCAAAGUGGUCAUGCGUGUGCCGUGUCGUCUCUCUAGCUUUCUAAACGGGUUUUAAUGUUGUCACAAGCAACGGAACAUGGUGUAAGAAGUGGGAUUAGGAAUACGAACCUGAUCUUUUUUGUCUAAGAAAAAAAAAAGUGCCGGAGGGCAGCAUAAACCGCUAAAGCAAGCUAACGCCGCAGCAGUGAAAUAUGAGCCUGUUUCAGGUCCCACCGCCGGAGAAAUUCACUUUCAAGGCUGAAGACUGGCCGAAGUGGAUAAAGCGCUUUGAGAGGUUUCGGAUAGCGUCAGGCUUGGAAACACAAGCUGAUGAAAACCAAGUGAAUGCGCUGAUCUACGCGAUGGGGGAAGAAGCGGAGGACAUUUUGAUUUCUCUGCAUUUGAGUCCUGCUGAAGCGAGUGAAUUCAGCACAGUCACAACCAAGUUUGAUGCACAUUUUAUAACACGGAGAAAUGUCAUCUUUGAGAGAGCAAAAUUCAAUCAGAGGCAGCAAGAGUUGGGUGAGUCAGUUGACUGUUUUAUUACCGCACUUCAUUGUCUUGCCGAGUAUUGUGGAUAUGGAGCACUGCAUGAUGAAAUGGUGAGAGACAGAUUAGUAGUUGGACUAAGAGACACUAAACUGUCAGAACAAUUACAAAUGGAUCCCGAAUUAACACUUGUCAAAGCAGUCACCAGAGCACGACAGAGCGAGCAAAUAAAGAAACAACAAGAAAUGCUAAAAAGCCAUUUUAAGGCUGAUGCAUCAAACACACAGCUUGACAGCGUGCAUUCGCAGCAGCGAUGGAACCACAAAAGCACACGAGCUAAGCCACAGUCAUCCCUAUCAGUUAGCAAUACAGCACGAAAAAAGACCAUCAAACACACACAGUGCAAAAGGUGUGGAGAUUUGAGAGGUCACAGUCUGCAGCAAUGCCCAGCUAAGGACGUAGUGUGUAACCAUUGCAGAAAAAAGGGACAUUAUGCCAGAGUAUGCCGAACUAAAAGGCUUAAUGACGGGAAUGUUGCAAUACUGACUGAAGGCGUAGAAGAUGAAGAGGUAUUCCUUGGCUCACUUACUGCAAAGGCAGAUGAAGGCCCUUGGAUGACAGAAAUAAAAAUGGAUCAUAGUAAUGUUGUGUGUAAAAUAGACACAGGUGCAGACGUAACCGCAGUUCCGGAGAGGAUGUGCAGUCAGGACCAGCUCAGUAAACUGAAAAGAGCUUCGAAGGUUUUAAAGGGUCCGAGAGGAAGGCAACUAACGGUAAAAGGUAUAUUCACAGCCACACUAAAGAAAGGACAAAAGAGCACCUCACAGGAAGUUUAUGUUGUGAAGGAGCUGGCCACACCAUUGUUAGGCCGUUCAGCUGCUGUAGCACUGCAGUUGGUAGCCAGGCUGGAUGCUGUCAGCCUAGAUACAGACGAAGCAGUAAGGGCUGAAUUCCCUAAGUUAUUCAAUGGUCUAGGGAGAAUGCAGGGCGAAUAUAACAUUGUUCUAAAAACAGACGCUGAACCCUUCUCUCUCUCCACUCCCAGACGCAUUUCUCUCCCUCUCCUACCAAAGGUUAAAGAAGAAUUAAACCGAAUGGAGCAGCAAGGAGUCAUCUCAAAAGUGGAACAGCCAACGGAGUGGUGUGCACCCAUGGUAGUAGUGCCUAAACAAACAGGAAAGGUGAGAAUAUGCACUGACCUCACGGAACUGAACAAAUCAGUCAUGAGGGAAAGACAUCAACUUCCGUCUGUAGAGCACACACUGGGACAACUGGCAGGUGCCAGAGUGUUUUCAAAGUUAGAUGCGAAUUCUGGGUUUUGGCAGAUUCCUCUAUCUAAAGAAUCCUCACUUCUCACGACCUUCAUAACGCCGUUUGGGAGGUAUUGUUAUAACCGCUUAUGCUUUGGAAUUUCUUCUGCUCCAGAGCACUUCCAAAAGCGCAUGUCACAAAUCCUUGAGGGUCUGGAGGGCGUUUUGUGUCAGAUGGAUGACGUACUCAUCUGGGGAGCUACCCAACAGCAGCAUGAUGAGAGGCUACGUGCAGCACUGUCACGACUCCAGGAGGCCGGGGUUACACUCAACGAGAAAUGUGAGUUUUCUAAGAGCAAAAUCAAAUUUUUGGGACAGAUUAUUGAAGCAUCAGGAGUGAGUGCAGACCCGGAAAAGGUGAAAGCUGUGAAGGCCAUGAGAGAACCCCACAACAUUAGCGAGGUGAGAGGAGUCCUGGGGAUGAUAAAUCAUCUGGGGAAAUUUAUACCCCAUUUAGCUGAGAAAACACGUCCACUUAGAGAUCUGUUGAAGAAGUCAAACAUGUGGGCGUGGGGGUCCCAACAGCAUGAGGCCUUUGAGAAAAUUAAAAGAGAGCUUACAACACCACCGGGACUGGCACUAUAUGAUCCAAAUGCUGAGACGCUGGUUUCCGCCGACGCUUCAUCAUAUGGGUUAGGCGCCGUCCUCCUCCAAAAGCAAUCAGAUCAACAGUGGAAACCAGUAGCAUAUGCUUCCCGAUCCCUCACCAGCACUGAGCAGAGGUACGCUCAAAUUGAAAAGGAGGCACUGGCUUCCACAUGGGCCUGCGAAAAGUUUGCAGAGUUUCUCAUUGGGAAAAACUUCCACAUAGAGACAGACCAUAAACCCCUGGUCCCCCUGCUGGGUUCAAAAACGCUAGACAUGCUCCCACCGCGAAUACAACGUCUUAAAAUGAGACUGAUGAGGUUUUCAUAUUCAAUUUCCCAUGUGCCCGGUAAGAAUAUUGCAACAGCAGACGUGCUUUCUAGGGCUCCUGUAAGUAACACAGUGGACGGACUACAAGAGGAAGAAAUAAACCUUUACGUCGAUACUGUCAUGGCAAGUCUGCCAGUUACGGAGCCCAGACUCAAAGAAAUCCAAACACACCAAGACAGAGACUUUAUACUUCGCCAGCUCAAGAAACACUGUGUAGACGGUUGGCCAGAUAAAUUCUCUGUUGAAGAGGUGAUUCAUCCCUAUCUGCCAUUCUCAGGUGAAAUCACUGUGCAAAACGGAGUACUGCUUAAAGGAGAAAGAAUUGUCAUUCCAGCAUCACUCCAAGCGGAUGUGUUAAACAAGUUGCACGAGGGACAUCUGGGCAUCACAAAAUGCCGAGAGAGGGCUAAACAGUCGGUGUGGUGGCUAGGCCUUAGCAAAGAAUUACAACAGAUGAUUCAGAACUGUGACACAUGUGCACGUGAAAGAAUAAACUUAAAAGAACCAAUGAUGCCAACAUUGUUUCCAGCUAGACCAUGGUCCACCGUCGGAGCUGAUCUCUUCCAGUAUGGUAACCAACGCUACCUUAUCAUUGUUGACUAUUUUUCCAGGUUCUUUGAAGUCGCUAAGUUGUCAUCCACUACUUCAGAAGCAACGAUCCAGCAUUUUAAAUCAAUCUUUGCUCGUCAUGGAAUUCCAGAUGUGGUGAGAUCGGACAAUGGACCACAGUUUUCAUCUGAUAGCUUCAGACGCUUUGCACAGAAUUGGGGCUUCGACCAUGUGACGUCCAGUCCUCAUUUUCCACAGAGCAAUGGGGAGGCAGAGAGGGCGGUGAGGACAGUCAAGAAUCUUCUAAAAAAGUCAACCGACCCCUACCUUGCCCUUAUGGCCUACCGUGCUUCUCCACUGGCCAAUGGAUACAGCCCCACUGAGCUUCUCAUGGGAAGAAGGAUAAGAACGUCUGUUCCUGUUGCCCCAUCACAACUCAAGCCAAGAUGUGUGGACUGGGGUAAGCUAAAAGAGACAGAGAACAUAUACAGGCAAAAGCAAAAACAAAACUACGACCGUAGACACAAAACACAUGACAUGACACACCUGCACCCGGGAAAACAUGUGUGGGUAAAGGACACUGAUGAACGAGGCACAGUGGUGUCUGCUGCAGAUACACCCAGGUCUUACAUGGUGGAGACACCACGGGGUACCUUCCGGAGAAACAGGUUCCAUCUCUCGCCAACCCCGGUGGCUCCUGAAAAUGCAACCAACUUACCUGAUACACCGACAGAAGAAAACACUGUGUCUGACACAGACAGAACCUUUCUUUCACCAGAGGCUCAAGUUCAACAUCAGCAGAGGAGCAAGACACCUGAGCGCCGAUACCCCAUUAGAAAUAGAAGGGCCCCAGGUCACUUUAAGGACUUUGUCAGUACAUAGUUGAAGGACUGAGAGCUGAGUGGGCAAUGGGGCAGAAUAAUCCCCUCACUCGGCAGAAGGGAUGGGUAGUCCACCCCACCCUUCUUAAAAAAAUAAAUAAAUAAAACAUGGAAAUAGUAGAAACAGAAAAUGGUUUGCACUAUUGUUCAAUGUUGUUAAAUUGUUAACUUGGUACAGUACCCCCAGACAAGUUACCUAGAAAGGGGGAUGUAGUAUCAGCUUAGUUAUGGGGUAGGAACCUUUGUAAUGUUAUGUUGACUGGGGGGGAGUUAUAUAAUAAACGGACGGAGUUCCAAAGUGGU